AUCGAUUUUUCUAUUCUCUACAUUUCUGCCCUUUCCAGGUCGUCUAGCAGCGUUCAUUUAUUUUUAAACUAAUCAAGUUUAUCGCAGGUACCUUUGAAGAACCGUUACUCGUUUGUUAUUACUAUUAGUAAGUUUGGUAUACGUCGUUUUUUUUUAAUUUCGGGUUAGUUAAACGAUAUACGAAGCACGGAGCUCGGAACAACUUUUGUUUGUUUUCCAAGAUGGCGGCUGGAAUGUAUCUGGAGCACUAUUUGGACAGUAUAGAGAACCUUCCCUUUGAGCUUCAAAGGAAUUUUCAGCUCAUGCGAGACUUGGACCAGCGGACGGAAGAUCUGAAGGGGCAGAUUGAUUCCCUAGCUCGUGACUACACAGCAAAUGCCCGGACCCUGUCCUCAGAGCAGAAACUCUCUCUCCUGAGGCAGAUCCAGCAGUCCUAUGGGAAGUGCAAAGAGUUUGGAGAUGACAAGGUCCAGCUGGCUAUGCAGACAUACGAGAUGGUAGAUAAACACAUCCGGAGGCUGGACACGGACUUGGCCCGUUUUGAGGCGGACCUCAAAGAAAAACAGAUCGAAAGCACAGACUACGAUUCUACCUCCAGUAAGGGAAACAAGAGUGAUCUUCGAGGGCCUAAGGAGAAAAAGGUAUCUCGCACCAGGUCAAAGGUCAAGAACUCCGAUGAUGACUGCAGUCCUAAGAGUGGCCAGAAGAAAAUCAAGCUAAUGCAAACAACUGAGUUCUCCUCUCCAGCUGUGAAUUUCAGCAGUGUUCACCCCUCAGAUGUCCUGGACAUGCCGGUGGACCCGAAUGAGCCAACGUACUGUCUGUGCCACCAGGUCUCCUAUGGAGAGAUGAUUGGCUGUGACAACACUGAUUGCUCCAUUGAAUGGUUUCACUUUGCAUGUGUGGGCCUGACCACCAAGCCCAGGGGAAAAUGGUACUGUCCAAGAUGUUCACAGGAGCGUAAGAAAAAGUGAACAUCCUUUGGGGGGUGGGGGGAGAGAGAGAUGGAAUAUGGCAGAGAAUGAGGUAGAAAGAAAAGGAAAUGAGGUGCAAAGCACCUCCCCAAACACUCUAUAGACACUAAUAUAGAUUCAUGCUCUGCUUAAUCUGGUGCUUGUCCUCCUCCCUUCUAUCCUCACUUUCUUCUCUCUCUAAAACAGAAAGUAGGGAGGAUGGAUGGAUGAAGGAGCUGUAGUUAUAACUGUAGCUUAAUUUAUGGUUCCAGUAAUGAUCGUUACUUUUUUCUUUUUGUUACUUUUGCUUUUUAUAUGUAUGUAAUGUAUGUAUGUUUACUUUGUUUUUGAAUGGUGGUUGGUUGGUUGCUUAUUUUUCCUUAAAUAUUCUUUUCUUUGUAUUGUUACAUAAACACAGCAGUAGAUAAAUCAGGGAGCAUGACACUCAGUGCUUAAGUAUGGUGUCUACUAGAGGCGUCCUUACUUGCUGUUCUUUACCAAACGGUUUCAAGUCAAACACUGGCACAAGGUGAUCCUAUACAAACAUUCUUCUUAGAGACUGUUUUGUUUUUUGUUUUUAAAACUCUGACAUUCUCGUUUCAUUUUUUCCAUUCCUUGGAGAUUGUUUUUCUCAGUAUUGGAUAUGCCCUCUUUAGCUACCUUUCCCCCACAUUGGUUACCUUGGAAAGUAUUUGGAAACAUGCUGAGCUUCACAGUAAGUUCGAUACUUGCACAUAAACCAGUGACUUUCACAUUUCAGGUUUAUUCCACAACUAGCUGCUGUGAAGGACGUUUCCUCUGGUGCUCAUAAAAGUUCACUGUUCAGUGAACUGAACUUUCCAGUAUCAAAUAGAUAGCAUUAAUGCAAAACAGUGAUGAAGUAAGUGCUGGGUAGAAAAGAGUGGCUUUACAUCGUGAUGUUGCGUUCAUAACAAUGUAACAGUGCUUUAUAUAGGUUCCUGUGUGUUGCUGUAUUACAAUCCAAGCUGCGAACAAACAGUUGUAUUUGACCUCUAAUAUCGACUUUUUUAUAUUCUGUUUGACUGGAUUUUGGUGCUCUUGCGGAUAUUAAGUAGUAGGUGAUUGCUUUAAGGGCAUGAACGUAAUUGUUACACUCAUGUUACUCAUCUCUCCAUCACAUGGCUCGUGCCAGAGGUUAAGGUGCUGUUGUCUGUAGAUCACAACCUCUAUUUAAAACUUGGCUUCAACGUUUAAUAUGUCAUUUGCUAACACUUUAUUUGAACGGUACCUACAUAGGGUCUUUAACACAUCCAUAAGCUAUGCAUAAAUAUUUUUAUAAAGCAGUGCUGGAUGGAGAGCUUAUGAAAGGUUCGUUAAAACUCGUGAGCUUGGAGAUUUUGUGGAACUCCUAUUUUUGUGUCUUUACAUAUGACAGAAGAGAGUAACAUUUUCCUUAUUAUUCCUCUUAUUCCUCAAUUAUGAUGCGUAGACUCAAUACGGGUGUUACUGGUGUGGUGUCAUCGCCGCCCCCCCC